AUGAAAACAUCUACCGCAUCGACGGAUCGAUUUACUGUCACUGAUAGUAUGGAUAAGGAUUCAAAGCCAGAAGAAAACAAUCAAGAUGAAGCGAAUGAUCAUAAACAGAAUCAGCCGGAAGCAGGUCAGAAUCUAAAAGAAAAUGAAAGUGAAGAAUACAAACCAUUUAAUAAUGGUUACAAUUCACCGCUUUCAUCACCGGUUAUCAGAGAGAAAAUUGAGACUGUAUUACGUUUUGCGUCAACACCGCUAGUGGAAGAUGGUACUCCAGAAUUUUUGCUCUAUCAGUCAUGGCAUACUCCUUCUCCGGAUCCUGUAUUACCUCCAGAUUUUUUUACAGUAGAACGUGUUCAGCGUAGAGAAAGGGAAUUAUACAAUCCACAAAAUCACCUUUUACAAGACUUGGUAGAUCUGGUAGAAUCAGCAGUCCCAUCAUCAAUAAGCCCAAGCCAGUGGUUAUCGGAGGGACAAGAUACAGUACCAGAGGCUGACUUAUUAGCAUCACUCAAUCAUCAAGCGGGGUUACAACGGUUUUCACCAUUUUCGCCUCAAUGGUUUGUCAAAUAUUUACCAGUUACUUCUGGACGUUACAUUUCACAUCAUCCGGCUCAAUUUCAUUCGUUUACAUCAAAUUUGAAUUCAUCACUACUUGGCACACUAUCUGUUACACCUACUUCACAUUUAUUUGCACCAAUUUUGAGUUCAUCUUUAUUUGGCACAUCACCUGUCACAUUUAUUUCACAUUUACUACCUGGAUGUCCACAGUCAAACUUACGAAACAUUAAACUAUCUAAACCGACUGAAACAUGUGGAUAUUGUAUUGCCACUUGUGAGUUUCCACAAAAUCAUAAUAAAAAGGAAUGUCCGAAAUUAGCAUGCAUGAAGCCGUGUAAAUUAUGUAAUGCAAGCGGAAGUGGAAAUCAUACUUUAAUGCAUUGUCCGCACAAGGAAAAAGUUGUUUUAAAAUUAAAACGCGAUAAGCGAAAUAAUAUUGACAAGGAUAACACAGAUAAUGAGAAUGCUAAAAAUUACAAGAAUAACAAAGGUAAUCUUAAUGACAAGGAUAACAAAGAUAAUAAAAAUGAUAACAAUAAAAAGGAUGAUGAAAAUGUGGAAGUGAACAAGCAGCCAAAUAAGCCUACAUAUUGUCGCAACAAAGGGAGCCAUUGGCCCCGACCCUGUGUUUCAUUGCGCGAUGCUGCUAAAAUUGAAUGUCUUAUAGCGAUUUCCUGUAUACGGUGUGUUAUUUGUUUCGGAGGAGCAGGGAAGCGGGUUGAUUCGAUUCGAGUUGGUUAUACAUGGCGGUGUUGGGUGGAAAUGCCAAGUGAAACAGCAUCAAGAGAGGGUGUUACAAUGGGAUUAGAUGAACCAGAUGAUUACAUGCGAUACAAGAAACUUGAGAAGCAGCUUGAACAUUUAGAUGUUAUGGAGGAAUAUGUAAAACUUGAAACACGAAAUCUAGAAAAAGAAUUAUUGCAUGCUCAAGAAGAGGUUAAAAGAAUACAAUCUGUCCCUCUAGUUAUUGGACAAUUUUUGGAAGCUGUUGACCAAGACCAUGCAAUUGUAGGAUCAACUACAGGAUCAAACUAUUUUGUUCGCGUGUUAUCCAUUUUGGAUCGUGAGCUAUUGAAACCUGGUUGUAGCGUGGCAUUACAUAAAUAUAGCAAUGCUCUUGUUGAUGUGUUGCCACCGGAAGCAGAUUCGACAAUUCAAAUGUUGCGUGCCGAUGAAAAACCUGAUGUUUCAUAUGCCGACAUUGGUGGUCUCGAUAUGCAGAAACAGGAAGUUCGUGAAGCAGUUGAGCUUCCUCUUACUCAUGGGGAACUUUAUCAGCAGAUCGGUAUUGAUCCUCCAAGAGGUGUACUUAUGUAUGGUCCACCAGGAUGUGGUAAAACAAUGCUAGCAAAAGCAGUAGCAGCACAUACAACAGCUUCAUUUAUCCGUGUCGUCGGAAGUGAAUUUGUUCAAAAAUAUCUUGGAGAAGGACCACGCAUGGUACGUGAUGUAUUUCGUCUAGCCAAAGAGAACAGUCCAUCGAUAAUAUUCAUCGAUGAAAUUGAUGCAAUUGCAACGAAACGGUUCGAUGCACAGACCGGUGCUGAUCGUGAAGUGCAACGGAUUUUGCUGGAACUUUUGAAUCAAAUGGAUGGUUUUGAUCAAAGUACAAAUGUUAAGGUAAUAAUGGCAACAAAUCGUCAAGAUACUUUGGAUCCAGCACUUCUACGUCCUGGCCGUUUGGAUCGUAAAAUUGAAUUCCCAAUGCCAGACCGCCGGCAGAAACGUCUUAUUUUUUCAACAAUUACGGCAAAAAUGAAUCUUUCGGAUGAGGUUGAUAUGGAAGACUUUGUUGCUAGACCAGAUAAAGUGUCAGGUGCAGACAUUAAUGCCAUAUGUCAGGAGGCUGGUAUGCAUGCAGUUCGUGAAAAUCGUUACGUUGUACUGACAAAAGAUUUCGACAAGGCGUACAAAUCUGUGAUAAAGAAGGAUCAAAAUGAUUUUGAGUUCUAUAAAUAA